GGCUGUGCGGAGACGGACGGAUCAUGUCUGAGAGGGACUGAUUAACUGUGUACUAUGGACUUGUCACUAUAAAAUCUUAACUCGUGCCGAACUGGAACCGAGACAUAAUCAUCGCACUGGAAUUCGUAGAUGCAGAAUGAGCUUAACCAAAGAUGAUAAAACCAACGGUCUGGAGCUGCAAGAACGGGUAUUUAAUCCCAGCUUUCAAACUGAUAACGAUCUUGAUCAAUCUAGCCUUGGAGACCACCAGGUGCAAUGCAUCUCUACGAUAACCUGUACAGGUGAGGAGCAAACGGCGUAUACUCAGAUUAAACCGUAUGCUGGUAUGCCCAAAGAAGUCCUGCUCUUGUAUUCAAGUCAAACUCGCUAUCGGCUGCCUCGGGAGAUCCUGUUCUGGUUGACCAUCGCAUGUACCCUAACUCUAAUCGCACUCACCAUUACGGUUAUCGCGCUCUCACCCCGAUGCCUCAGUUGGUGGCAAACGACGCCAGUCUAUCAGGUGUACCCCCGCUCCUUCAAGGAUUCCAAUGGCGACGGUGUCGGAGACCUCAGAGGUAUCAAGGAUAAACUGAGCCAUUUCCAGUACCUAAACAUUAAAGCAAUUUGGAUCAGCCCCUUCUAUAAGUCCCCCAUGAAGGACUUUGGCUAUGAUGUGGAAGACUUUAGAGAUGUUGAUCCACUCUUUGGCACCAUGGCAGACUUCGAUGACCUCCUGGCUAGCAUGCAUAGCAUGGGGCUCAAACUGAUCAUGGACUACAUCCCCAACCAUACAAGUGAUAAGCAUAUAUGGUUCCAGCUCAGCCGUAACCAAACUGAAUACUACUCUGACUUCUACAUCUGGGUUAACUGCACAGAGGGCAUACCACCUAACAACUGGGUGAGUGUGUUUGGGAACUCCUCUUGGACAUAUGAUCCAGUGAGAGGGCAGUGCUACUUCCAUCAGUUCCUCACGGAGCAGCCAGAUCUCAACUUCCGCAACCCCAAUGUUGUGAAGGAGAUGACGGACAUAAUCCAUUUCUGGCUGAAGAAAGGGGUAGAUGGGUUCCGCAUGGAUGCUGUUAAGCACAUUCUGGAAGCAAAGCAUUUGAGAAAUGAACCCCAAGUGAACCCUGAAGAGCCCCCAGAGACUGUAAACACAGAGUUCCAGCUGUACCAUGACUACACAUACACUCAGCUGGGCCUGCAUGACAUUCUCCGAAACUGGAGGGUAGACCUGGAUGAAUACGGCAGAGAACCUGGACGCAACCGGUUUAUGGUAACAGAGUCAUAUGAUUAUGAAGAAACUGAAAAGACCAUGAUGUAUUACGGAACCCGUUUUGCCAAAGAGGCCGACUUCCCCUUUAACUUCUAUCUACUGGACCUCCCCACUGGCUUGUCAGGAGUCAGAGCCAAAGAGCUGGUUAACCUGUGGAUGUCGAACAUGCCCAGAGGCAAAUGGCCAAACUGGGUGGUGGGGAAUCAUGACAAGGCACGCAUGAGCUCCAGAGCUGGUCAGGACUACGUUCGAGUCAUCAACAUGCUACUGUUAACACUGCCUGGAACCCCAACCACAUACUAUGGAGAGGAGAUUGGCAUGGAGAAUGUCAAUGUAUCUGUUAUCCAGGAUCCUUUUGGAAAGUUCAACCCAAAUAACAGCCGGGAUCCUCAGCGAACUCCCAUGCAGUGGAGUAGUGGUCUCAAUGCUGGCUUCAGUGACAGUAAAAAUGGCACCUGGUUGGACAUAAGUCCAAACUUUACCACUGUCAAUGUAGAGGUUCAGCGAGGUGAUCCCACAUCUGUUCUGGAGCAGUACCGCUCUCUGAGUCUGCUCAGGGAGAGGGAGACCGUGCUGACCCGAGGCUGGCUCUGCUAUGUCUGGGCAGAUGGUGACGUGUUUGCCUUCUUGCGCGAGUUGGAUGGAUUGAAUCGGGCGUUCUUGGUGCUUCUGAAUUUCGGCGAAGACACUGAAACAGACCUCUCCGUUAUCCUGGAGCUGCCCGAGCGGCUAACUGUGCACAUGAGUACGUCUUCUGGCACUCCAAGCAGCUUCUCCAAAUCGAAAAUCACUACCUCCAAGGGGCAGGGUCUGCUGCUGGAGUACUCCACCAAUCAGCGCUUUCAUCCUGGCCACGCCUCUGAGUGUUACGUCUCUGAGAAGGCCUGUUACUUGAGUGCCCUGGAUAUUCUGUACCAGUGCUAAUAACGCAAUGACCGA